AAGUCCAAACACAUCUUAAGUCCAUGCAGAGGAGGGCGUGGGCACAAAAAAACACCCUCGACUGAGUCACCGGCUCAGCCUGCUGUCCAACAAAACCACCCAACACAACCAACCAACCAACCAACCAUCUCUCAUCUUCUACUAUCAACCAACCAAACAUUCAGAAGACUCAGCCGACUUGACAAAACACCACUGCUCAAACCAGACCUGAAACAACUGCCACAGCAAGCAUCACUAUCAUCAUCAUCAUCAUCAUCCAAGGAGACAGCCAGUCGCCAUAGGAAAAGAAAGAGGAGAGUGCGUGCUCGUCGAGUACAAGAUUCUAGACCCCAGCUAUCGGACGAGAUGUCAUCGGACUCCUCUUCGACUCACCGGCCUUCGCCCACCUCAGCUUCCACCUCAGCCUUUUCUUCUUCUUCCUCCUCGAGCUCGACAAACACGGCUUCAUCGACGACACCAGCGGCCAGUGGUCGGCCUGCUAAACCGGAAUCGACUAGCUCGCAUUUGGUCGAAUACUUUAUCGCCGGUGGGGCCGCUGGAGCAAUGUCAAGAACUGUAGUCUCUCCACUCGAACGCCUGAAAAUCAUCUUUCAGUGUCAAGGUCCCGGAUCGGCUAAUUAUCAGGGCAUGUGGCCUUCCUUGGUUAAGAUCGGAAGGGAAGAAGGCUGGCGUGGGUAUUUCAAAGGCAAUGGGAUUAACGUCAUUCGGAUAGCGCCUUAUUCAGCUAUUCAAUUUUCAUCAUACGAGAUAGCCAAGAAAUUAUUAUCAAGAUUUUCGUCGACGGGAGAAUUAACGACGCCAUUACGAUUGGGGGCGGGAGCGAUAGCAGGGAUCUGUUCGGUAGUCUCGACGUAUCCCUUAGAUCUAGUGCGCUCAAGACUGAGUAUAAUUUCUGCAAGCAUCGGGACGCGACGGCCGACGAAGGGAGGGGUCGAGGACCAAGGGAUGGGGAUGAUCCGGAUGAGCAUACAUGUCUACAAGCAUGAGGGAGGGAUCCGGGGGCUCUAUCGAGGCCUAGUGCCAACAGUGAUCGGAGUGGCACCCUAUGUGGGCUCGAACUUCGCCGCCUACGAGUUCCUCAAAACGUACUUCUGUCCACCCGUCUCGAUCUCCGGAAGCCGACAACAACCGGGCGUGCUCCGUAAACUCGCCUGUGGAGCCCUCGCGGGCGCCUUCUCUCAGACUAUCACCUACCCUUUGGACGUCCUCAGACGCAGGAUGCAGGUCACUGGAAUGUCAAAUAUCGGCUUCCAGUAUAACGGCGCGUGGGAUGCGACUCGUAAAAUCAUCAAGAAAGAAGGCCUCGGUGGACUCUAUAAAGGUUUAUGGCCUAACUUCCUUAAGGUAGCACCAAGUAUUGGCACUUCAUUUGUAACUUACGAAUUGGUCAGAGACUAUCUACUAUCUUAGAAAAACAACCACUAUACUUUAACCCUCUUUAUUACACUCACAUCCACACGUAAACUUGAUUUCUAGUUGUCUCUCUCUCUCUUGAUCAAAACCAUUUCUACUUCUUUUUAGCUUUUUCUAUUGAGUUUGUACAAAAUCGUACCUUCCAACCACAUAUAUCUAUAUCUACUUAUAUAUUUCUUAAACCUUAUGAAUGAAACAUCCAUCUUCUUCAUAUUAUCAUGAUCAUAGAUUUCUUUUUGAUUCUUCUUCCCAAUCUUUUUUUUUGGCUUUCUUUU